AUGAGUCGCGCACCUUCCUCGUCAUUGGAGAACGCUCCAUUGCUUUCACCUAAUGAUCCUGAAGAAGAAGAAGCUCUUGAUGGGGGUAGCGGCGUAAUCGAACGCGGUCCUCGUACUCGCGAAGCUCCGCGUGAUCAUUCAAACUUCUUUCCGUUACGUCAUGGAAAAUUUUCUCACCUAGAAACUUUGUUGGCUUUCAUGUGUGUUUUGUUAUUAAUACUUAUGAGCGUUUUCGCUGGCUUAUAUGCCAGAGGAAGGACAAAUAAACACCCACAACCAGAAAUUCCGCCGCCUAUUAUACCUCCACCAAAUGAUACCAUCAAGGAACCUUGUCUUACUCCAGAUUGUGUAAUUAUAGCGGCUCAGAUUAUUAGUGAUAUGGAUCAGACUGCCGAUCCUUGUGAUGAUUUCUUUCAAUAUAGUUGUGGCGGUUGGAUACAAAAACAUUUGAUACCCGAGGAUAAAGGCCUUUACAGUUACUUUGAUAGUUUAUAUGAAGACAAUCAGAAAUUAUUGAAAGAAAUUCUUGAAAAUAAUUUUGAAUCAACUCAUAAAUUUGAGCCGAAUCUUCCACCACCUUCAGAAGGAAUUGACAAACAGAAUUUUUAUAAACUUCAAGAUCUCUAUCAGUCUUGUAUGAAUGAAACUUUAAUUAAUGAGUUCGGUGGAAAGCCUUUGUUGCCAAUCAUAAAUCAUAUUAUUGAAGAAUUUCCUGUAGACCCUAAAUAUUCUUUAUUGAGCAAUUUUGGACAUUUGAAUGAAAUAGAAAGUCAAAGAGCUCCUUCUCACGAUCCUCUUAAUUUAACAAAUACAUUAUCACACCUUUCUAUCUAUGGAAUAAAACCAUUGUUUGAAUUUUUCGUAGAUGCAGAUGCAAAAGAUCCGAAAAAUAAUGUUUUAUACUUAUCUCAGUCUGGCCUUGGUUUACCUUCAAAGGAAUAUUACGAGGAGGAAGAUAUAUUGUUAUCAUAUAAAGAAGCUAUGAUAGAAUUAUUAAAUUUGGCCCUAAAUUAUAGCAGUAAAAAUUUAACUCAUCAUUUAAAUUAUAACCUCACCGGAUCAGAUGACUUAGUUGAAGACAUAUUAGAAUAUAGUGCAGAAAGGUUCUUAUAUGAAGAAUGGGAAGAAAAUGCUAAGAAAAUUAUAGAUUUCGAAAUAGCAUUGGCCAAAAUAUCUUUAUCUGCCGAAGAGUUUUCUGAUCCUGAAGCUACUUAUAAUAAUCAAACUGUAGUCUCACUUGAAAAUCUUAGUCCUUCUUUCAUUUGGACUCGUUAUAUUAGUGCAUUAUUACCUCCUACAUCUGUUUUUCCGGCUAAAAUAAUUUUAACUUCCAACAAAUAUUUUAAAGAUCUUUCAAAUCUUGUCGAGAAAACUCCUACUCCAACUUUACAACUUUAUUUCAUUUGGCAAGCAAUUUAUACUUAUGCUGAUUCUUUAAGUGAAAAUUUCAGAGUACCACUAAGAAAAUUGAGGGCAAAGCUCAGAGGAACUGAUGAAUCAGUUAAACCUAAAAGAUGGGAAGAAUGUCUUAAAUCUGUUGAUAAUACUUUAGGUCUUAUGGCUGGCAGAUAUUUUGUGUUGAGAGCAUUUGGAGAUGCAUUUAUUAAACAAUUACCGCAACUUGAUUGGCUUGACAAAGAAACGCGUGAAAAGGCAAUUGAAAAGGUUAAUCGUAUUAUUCAAAAAAUUGGAUAUCCCACCGAAUCACCUGAUACUAUGUCACCACAAUCUCUUACCGAAUAUUAUGAAAAGAUAAAUAUAGAGAAAGAUAGAUAUUUCGGUAAUCUUAUAAGUGCUCAUAGGUGGGCUUCAGAAAAUAAAUGGAAGAAAGUUGGUAAACCUGUGGAUCUCGGUCAAUGGUAUAUGACUCCUCAAACAGUUAACGCAUACUAUAAUCCUACGGCUAAUGAAAUAGUUUUUCCAGCUGGAAUACUUCAAUCGCCAUUUUUUAGUUCCAGAGCUCCGGAAUAUGUUAAUUAUGGAGCAAUUGGUAUGGUUGUCGGACAUGAGCUCACGCACGCCUUUGAUAAUAAUGGAAGACAAUAUGACGCGAAUGGUAAACUAAUUCAGUGGUGGUCUAAUACUACGAUUGAAGCAUUCAAGGAAAAGGCGAAAUGUUUCGUGCACCAAUACGGUAAUUACACAAUUGAUGAUCCAAAAGGCAAUCCUGUAAACUUAAAUGGUGUUUUAACUCUUGGUGAAAAUCUUGCUGAUAACGGAGGUCUUAAAGAAGCUUUUCAUGCUUGGCUUACCCGAUUUGAAAGUGAUAAAGAUGAAAAACUUUAUAAAAAUCAAUUAUUACCUGGAUUACAAAAUUUGACACGUGAACAAUUAUUUUAUAUAUCAUUUGGGCGUGUUUGGUGUUCAAAAGUAAGACCAGAGACUGCUGUAGAAAAGGUUCGAGUUGAUCCUCACUCACCAGCAAUUUGGAGAGUUAACGGUGUAUUAACAAAUUCCAAUCAUUUUGCUAAAACAUUUAAGUGUAAAGUAGGAUCAAAAAUGAAUCCAAAAGAUAAGUGUUCCAUUUGGUAA